AUGGCAUAUGGUUGGGAGUCAUAUGGUUGCGAGGGCGCAAACCAUGGUUCCUGGACCUGGAUGUCUGCUGAAAGGAUACGAAUAUUAAACACUGCUGUCUCUAUGUCGAAGAUGAUAGUCAUGUCUCCUGUUGCCAGUGUAAUUCGUUUUCAUAGCCAGCAUGGUUCACUGACUGAUGAGGUCGCUACCUGGUCGCAAGUAACAGUCUUGUUGAUCUGUGGUAAUCGAUCAUCACGGACUCUAAUGGCCCUGUGCUUUAUGGAUGUGACUGUGACAGAAGCACAGUCGGGCUACAAACAAGCUGUGAAUUUACCGUCAUGCAAUCCUAGUAGGCAUGAGUUAGCCAGUGCUUUACGAUUUCAGCUGAUAUUGAUUGUUCGAGGCCUGGUCUCUAAUAGAACACAAUGUGACUGGUUGGUGACAAGCCAUGUGGUUUAUAUGCAGCAUGCAAUGAAGAAUAACAUGCAACUAAGUUGA